ACGAAAUUCUUAGUGGAAAGGAACGAUGCAGAAACUGACGACGAAAUGGAGAAGAAAAUUGCGCGACAGUGUGGAUGGCGAAGGCAGCGAUCUACCAACUCGUGAUGAUUCCCGUCCGAUUGAUUCUCGAGGUUCAUCAUCUUGAGCAAGAGGAAUUAGUUCGAUCGUUGGAGAAGAGUCAAGCUCAGCAGUCUCUUCUGUGGAGGAGUGUGUUCGCGGGACUGGUUUUUUGCUACGCGAUUUUCCUCAUUUAUACAAUCCAUCAGCAGGCUUAUUCUCCCUGGGAUUUGCGCUAUCAUGCUUACUUCAUGUACGAGGUUGAUUCAGGGAGCAUUAUAGCUGCAGAUGGGGCAGCUGUUUUGGUAUGCUUAAUGCUGAUCACCGGCUUGAUGCACAACACAAGACGCCAUCGCCUUUGGCUUCUAUCCUCAUUUUUCCCGAGUGCAUUAUUAACAGUCUUUUGGUUGCACCAUAUGCUGAGAUUGGCGAAGUUUAGAUGGGAUGUGAUUUGGCUUCCUCUAGCACCGCUUGGCGGAGCUGGAAUUUGCUUUUAUGUGGACCAUUUACUUGAAGAAUCUUCGGAAGAAGUAAGGAAGCUUCGAAGUUACAUGUACUCUUACAAGGCUUAUUGAGGAUUCGGGCUUCUACCGACAUUUGGCUACACCUAAAUUCUGGUAUGAAAUUUACGGACGCUGCAGUUUUCUUUGUUUUGCGCAUUGCAAGUAUGGGUAGGAUGGAUAUAUGUGUCGAUAAGCUAAUUUUAUGUUCAUGUUCGGGUAUGUUCUUUAGGUUCGAUAGAUGCUCUCUCGUAGCAAAUAGCAAUAGCAUGUGAUAGAGAAGUUUCAAUAUAUGAGAUGAUGUUAGCUUAGAUUGGUGAAAAGAAGAGGAUCCUAUGCUGAAUUUGUUUCAAAUUUUGUUCACAAGAAAAUUGAUUAUUUGCUCUCCUGAA